GCGCGCGCUGCUGAUGUGAAGACGCAGGUGACGCGGCGCUCAGCUCCCAUCGGAAGACGCGCAGGAUCGAGACGCGUUGCUCUCUGACGGAUACUGACAUUAUUCCGGACUCAGAUUCCAGAGAAAAGCGCAGGGAUUUGGGAAGAAGGAGAGACGGAGACGCAGGGAGAGCAUUGCGAAGGUCUGGAGAAUGCCGGCCAGUAGAACGUUCCUCGUGUAGGAUAAGGCUAUUUGGAUGAACAUGGACAAAUGACCUGCAGGUUAAGACUCAGCCAUGAGCAUCACCUGUGGUCCACAGGACUCAAGAUAGCUGCAUCACGCCUCUCAGCAUCAGCCUGAAGGAAACCCAAGAAUCACAGUGCUUUGAAACCUCAAUUGGAAGCCUCUCAGAGAAAACUUAAAUUGGCGACCAAGCUGGGGCUAAAAAGCAGGAAUUCCCAUCUAUCCCUCAUCACGCCCUGCCUGUGCCGAAUGCACCGACCAAUGGAGAGACUACAGAAAGAGUCUGGAUAAAGUGCAGACAGGCCAAGAAAGAGAGAGAAAACGAGUGAACGAUUGGCCCGUCUUGGCCUCAUCUGCGAUCGUAGUCAAACAGAAACUCUGAGCGCUAUCUCAGCUCUGCCGAGAGCAGGUUUCUGAGCUCGUAUCAUCAGGGUGGGUGAAAUGCAGUCCGGGUGCUGGUCCUCUCUCUGGCCCCUGUGGCCCUUGCUGUUGGCUGGACUCUUUCUGUCGGCGGGGGCCCUGGAGUUCGGCGGGGCCCCGGGGCAGUGGGCUCGCUACGCCCGCUGGGAGGCCGGCUCGAUCGGGGAGCUCAGCUUUAGCCUGAAGACCAACGUGAGCAAGGCGCUGGUUCUGUACCUGGACGACGGCGGGAACUGUGACUUCCUAGAGCUGCUCAUCGGUGGCGGACACCUGCAGCUGCGCUUCGCCAUCCACUGCGCCGAGCCAGCCGCCCUCCAGAUGGAGACCCGUGUCAGCGACGACCGCUGGCACAUGGUGCUGCUCACCCGAAACUACCGCGAGACCAUGCUGAUGGUGGACGGGGAAACCAAAGUGGCGGAGGUGCGUUCCAAGCGCAAGGAGAUGGCGGUCGUCAGCGACCUGUUCGUGGGGGGCAUCCCUCCGGACGUGCGUCUGUCUGCGCUCACGUCCAGCACGGUCAAAUACGAGCCUCCGUUCAUGGGCUUGAUCUCCAAUCUGAAGGUGGGCGAGAUGCCUCCCACUGUCCUCAACAGCAACGGCAUUCAUAACGAUCUGGAGUAUCUGUGCGUCAAGCAGAACCCCUGCCUCAACGGGGGAUACUGCAGCGUCCAGUUCGGCGAGGUCUACUGCGACUGCUCUCACACACGCUUCCGAGGGAAAUACUGCAAAGAAGAAGAGUACGCUGUGGAAGGUAAGCGGCUGAUUAAUAACGGUUAA